CUGGUCGGUCUACUGUAGUCUGUACUAAAAUCCAAUCGGGUCGAGUCGAUCGAUAGCUUAAUCCCCCUAACUCCGACCCGAUACAACCGCCGGAACCCGAAUCUUCCCUACCUCCCAUUUCAUUUCUCCGUCCAAAGCUUCUUCUUCUCCUCCCCAAAUCAACCCUAAUCAUUUCCCUCCUAAGUCGCCCCAAAUUUCCCACUCUGCUAAACCCUAGAUAAAACUCGCCAUGGACGAAUCCUUCCUUCUAAUGCUCUCAAACCUCCUCCACCUCCACAACUCCUUAGACCCAUCAAUCUCCCUUCUCUCUUCCACCCCAUCUUCCUCCUCCGUCACCUCGUCUUCCCCUUCCUCCUCCCUCCUAUCCACCUCCUCCGCCGCGCCUCUCCUCUUCUUCACCCUCGCCUCCCUCCUCUCCUUCCUCGCCUGCUCCAAACCCAACAAGAACGGCUCCGCCGGCCGCAAAUCCGGCAACUCCCCGCGCCUGGCGCCGCCGGCGAACGGCGCGUACACCGUCGCAGCCUUCCAAUCUCUCAGCAACGACUGGUCGUCGGCCCCUCUUCGCGAUGCGCAGUGGAGGGCUCUCUACGGGCUUUCCUAUCCUGUUUUCACUAAAGUCGUCGAGAAGCUGAAGCCCCACAUCGCCGCUUCCAACCUCUCCCUCCCCUCCGAUUUUGCUGUGUCGAUGGUCCUCUUCAGGCUCGCACAUGGUUACUCAGCCAAGUCACUUGCUUCCCGGUACAGUCUUGAGCCCUACUUGAUUUCGAAAAUCACUAACAUGGUUACUCGCUUGUUGGCUACUAAGCUUUACGCCGAGUAUGUUAAGAUCCCGACUAGUAAGCGCAAGUUGGGUGAGGUUACUCAAGCUUUCGAAGAGAUGACUUCACUGCCUAACUUGUGUGGAGCCAUUGAUGGAACCCCGAUUAGGCUCCGUUCUUUCCCGACCAAUGAAUCGAACCUGUAUCAGUGUCAGUAUGGGUAUCCUUCGGUCCAGCUGCAGGUUGUUUCGGAUCACAAGAAAAUGUUCUGGGAUGUUUGUGUGAAGGCGCCUGGUGCUGUUGAUGAUGCAACCCAUUUUCGGGAUAGUUUGUUGUACAAUAGGAUGGUCUCUGAUGAUAUUGUGUGGGAUAAGGUGAUCAAUGUUCGAGGUCACCAUGUGAGGCCCUAUGUAGUUGGAGAUUGGUGUUACCCUUUGAUGGCGUUCCUAAUGACGCCCUUUUCGCCCAAUGGGUCGGGAACUCCUUCACAGAACCUGUUCGAUGGAAUGCUGAUGAAAGGAAGGUCUGUGGUAGUUGAUGCGAUUGGACUGUUGAAGAGUAGGUGGAAGAUCUUGCAGGAUUUGGAUGUGGGUCUAAGCCAUGCCCCACAAACGAUUGUUGCAUGCUGUGUGUUGCAUAAUGUGUGCCAGCAAAUGAGGGAGCCGGAGCCUGAUGUUUGGAGGGAGCCGGAUGAGACUGCCGCUCCUGCGAGGGUGCUUGAGAGUGAGAAAUCGUUUCAUUAUUUCGGAGAUAGCUUGCGGCAGGCUCUUGCUGAUGAUUUGCACCACAGGCUUUCUUCAAGGUAGGAAUGAGUGCAUAGAGCCCUGAUUUCCCAUGCGGAGCUUAAAGGUGAUGUAGGAGCUAUAACUUUGUUCAGAUGAUUGCGGUUCACUUAUCCUCUAUUCUGGCGAGCUACAUGUAGAUCUCUUCCAGACUAAGCAAAACUUUUGCCGAAGGAGCUGUUUUAUCAGUCCUGUAAUCUAACUUGGGUGCAGAUAUUUAACAGGAAAUCUAUAGCAAUAGCUGCUUGGUAGCACCAAAACAACCAAACCAACUCUGUAAUGCUAUAUAGGAAUGCAUUGUUCUUUGAACCCGCAUUCUUUUAUCUCCUACGACUUGCUUGGAGAGUAUUUCUGGUCUCUUUUGGGUUUGAGAAUGUGAUCAAUUAGUGUGCCAGUGACAAUUUCAACUACUAAGCAACUGUAGUUUUUCAGGUCGUGUAUAUCAUAUUGUGGUGCGUACCCAUCGACUUUUGUUUUCACUUCCAGCUUCUACUGCACCUUUUCUUUAUUAUUUUCAGGCCAAGUAUGCACUUUUGGUUGAAGAUCUGGUUCUUUAUCGUACAUAUGAGCCUACAGACUUCGAGAUGAAGGGAUGAAUGCCUCUAUCUGGUUCUUUAUAGUACAUAUGACUUUAUCAUCAGGGCAUGUUUGAUAAAUUUUUUCGGUACUU